GCAUUGCCCGCUUCUCUUUCACACAUUUCAAAUUCAAAGUUCUCAUCAUCGGCUACCGUUUCUCUUUCGUUCAGACACCCUAACGGUCCAAAUCUCUUACUUUGCAACAGAAAUUCGAGGAGAGUUACACAACAUUCAAUCAAGACGACAAUGGAAGGCGAAGAACCGCCAUUUCUCUCCCCGUCACUUCCCUCUUCUUCUUCUCAUCUUCUCAAAGACAUCUCAAAUUUCAAGACCCCCAAACGCCCCUCCCAAAUUCCCAUUUUCCACUCCCCCUGCCCACAGUUCUUCACUGCCUCCAAACAAACGCCUCGCAUAUCUUCGUCUUUACGCCGCCACCGCCCUUCUCUCGCCCCACCCUCCACCGCCUCGGCACGCUCCAAGGCCACGGCCCGCAGGCUCAAGGCCUUCGAGCUCGAGCAGUCCAAGUCCUCUCGCAGGGCCCUAAUCAAGAAAGAACACUCGCUGAAAUCCCUGGCCAAGUCGCUCACCGUCUGGCUCAACUUUCUGUUCGAGAACCCCGGAUCCUGCGGCUGUGAUUUACCCAUCCGCGGCGAUGGGGAUCGUGCGGCCGCGAAGGGUAAGAGGGACAGUGGGCCUGGAAUCGAGGUUGGCGUCGAUGCCGCGUGGCGGAGCCCCAAGAGGCAGAGGGAUUUGCUGUGGCGGGCCGGGGAGAAGAACGCGGCCGAGUUUUCGGAUUCGAUGUUUUCGAAUUUACGGUGUUCUUUGAAAGAUGUGUGCAGCUUCGACGACUUGAAGCAGCGAAUGCGUGUUUAUUUGAGCCUGGGGAGUUGCAAGCAGAUUUUCGAAGUGAUGACUCAAGUGACCAAGAAUAUUGAUGAAGGGAGGUUGAAAAUGAAAGCAAAUUGCCCUAUAGUAACAGAUUUUGGAUUGAAAGAGAAGGCCACUAGAAUUCUCAUGAGUUAUAAUCCGAUAUGGCUUCGGAUUGGAUUGUACAUUGUAUUUGGUGGCGAUUCUUUGUUGUCCAAUGCAGAUGUUAAUUCCGAUCAAGAAAUCGCAUUUUUGAAAAUGAUUAUUGAGAAGCAGUUCUUCUCGCACGCGGGUCUUGCAAAGGCUUAUGCCUAUAACAAGAUGGUAGAAGGCCUAUAUAGACCUGGUUACUAUGAAACUCUUGGGAAUGUUAUAUUGAAGAGAUUUUUGCUGCUUGCUCUUGUCCUUGAUAAAGCUAAAUGUCAGAGUAGCCUUUCCCUUAAGUACGGUAUCGAUGGAUUGGAUGGGGGCUCUCCGUUAUUGUUUAUGGUGCAAUCUGGUAUUAAAUCGAGCCAUCAAGUGGUCCAAGAUUUUCUUUCAUCGGAUGUAAUGCAUGGGGAGGGUAAACUUUUAGCACAUCUGCUGAUAUUGGGAUACAAGGUUACUUAUAAACAGAGUCCACUCAUUGAAUAUGACUUCAGAGUUACAGAUUUAUUCGUGGAGCUCCAAGAUGGGGUGCGGCUCUGUAGAGCCAUUCAGCUCUUGCAGCACGACUCUUCUAUCCUCACGAAAAUUGUUGUUCCAUCAGAUACUCGAAAGAAGAAUUUGGCAAAUUGUGGCAUUGCCCUGCAGUAUCUUAGGCAGGCUAGUGUGAUGCUAUGUGAUGAAGAUGGAAUGAUGAUUGUGGAAGACGAUGUCGUUCAGGGAGAUAAGGAACUUACUCUUUCCUUGCUGUGGAAUAUUUUUGUUCAUUUGCAGCUACCUCUUCUGAUCGACAAAGCAAUUCUAUUUGAAGAAAUUUGUAAAGUCCGUGGAGUUCACGAGGAGGACUCAGGCAGCCUGAAAUUCACUCAUUUGGAAAUGCUUUUGAAUUGGGUUCAGGCCAUAUGUCAAAAUUAUGGUUUCAAGAUCGAGAAGAAUUCUUCAUUGGUUGAUGGAAAAGCCAUAUGGUGCUUGCUUGAUUAUUACUUCCGCAAGGAACUUCAUUGUUCUUGUUCUUUAAAGGAUUCUCAAAAAGCAACUAGUAAAGAAUCAAUCAUGUCAGCUGCUGAUUAUCCAGAUGCGGUGCACAAUUUUAUUUUAUCACAGAAAUUGACAACAUUAUUGGGAAAUUUUCCUGAGGUUCUGCAAAUCAGUGAUAUACUUGAAUAUAAUGGUGCGUGUAAUGAUCAGAGUGUGGCCAUUCUGCUAGUGUUCCUUGCAUCACAACUGGUUAUGAAGAAAAAUAUGGAUCAGUUGAAUUUCCAUAAAUUCUUAGGUUGUGAUUGUAAAAGCCAAGAGAGAAAACAUUUCUGUCUGGAGCGGUGCUCUGUCAGUUCUGAGGAAGUACAAAAUCAAGAGACGGAUUGGCACAGUACCAAAGAUGCCGUCAAAAAGUUUAAGGCCAUCCAGGCUUGGUGGCAAAAUAUGGUUGAACAAAAUUACAAAAAAGUUACAAAACCAGCUCCUCCUUCACCAUGCUUAUCAACAGUCAAAGACAUUAUUAGCAUUCACAGAGAAGACGCAGCAAAAGUGAUACAAUCUCAUUUCAGACGAUUGAUGGAACGUCGCUAUUUCUUGAAGAUGGUCAAUGCUGCUUCUUUUUUGCAAAUUGUAAUCCGAGCUUGGUUAACUGUGAGAAAUAAAUUGACUAGUAUAAAUUUUGACACUGUUCGAGUUGAGGAGUUGUCGAGUGGAAGAUGGAAACAAACAAAAAUAGGGGGGAGAUAUUUGAUGUUCAUUGCUGAUAGGCACAGUUUUGUCAAGUUAAAGAGGUCAGUGUUACUUAUCCAGCGAGCGACAAGGACUUGGAUCAAUCGAAGACAUCUCGGUGGGAGUGUUCUAACUGGUGAUGAGUCCACUCUUGAUAUGGUCAAUGCUUCUGUUGUUGUAGAGAAAUCUAGUUGUGGAUACAUUCAUGUGGUUGCUUUAGAGAAAGGUUCAAACUUGUGUGAAGAAAAGAGAGCAAAUGAUCUUCAAGCAAAAGCUGUGAUUAAAAUUCAGCUUGCUUGGAAGAAUUUUAUCAUCUGCAGAUCUCUCUGCAAUCAGCACUCUGCUGCAACUAAAAUUCAGAGUCAUUUCCUUGGUUGGCUAUUGAGAAGAAGAUUUCUAAAUCAAAGGCAAGCAUCAGUAAAAAUACAAAGUAAUAUCCGCAUGACGAGAUGUUGGAGGGCUUACCAACAAUACAAAAUUGAAACCAUCUCAGCCAUUGUUAUUCAAUCUUUUGUACGCGGAUGGAUUGUCCGGAGAGGAGCCUGUAGACGCAAGCAUCUCAUUGUUGCAAUCCAAAGACAUUGCCGUGGUUGGUUAAUAAGAAGAGACUUCUUGUUCAGAAGAGAGGCUGUUACAAAGGUACAAAGUGCUAUUCGAUACGUGAUAUGCUGGAAUGCAUUCCAGUGUCAGAGGCAUGCUGCACUUGAGAUUCAACGGUUUGUCAGGGGGCACAUUACUCGGAAAAGGCUCUUAGGGGCUCGUAGCAUGCGUGCUGUCAGUCCUGGUGGUUGCUUCUUAAAGAGUUCAAGAUGGUGUCUCAAGAGUAUUGAACUGGAAAUGUUUUUAUGCUCAGUUGUGAAGUUGCAAAAGUGGUGGAAGAGUGUUUUGUUUCUUAAAUUGAGAACUGAAGCUGCUGUCAUUAUUCAGUCUCAUUUUCGUACUUGGUUUGCCAGGCGAAUUUCUGCUAGAGAGAAGCAUCGUAUUGUCGUGAUCCAAUCUUACUGGAAAGGUUACCUUGCUCGUAAAGAGCUAAGAGGGCAGCUUCUUGAUUUGCGCGUUAGAGUGCAGAAGUCUUCUACAAAUGUGGAUGACAGUCGGCGUAUCAUAAACAGACUUCUUACGGCACUUUCAGAACUGCUUACUAUGAAAAGUGUCAGCGGCAUUCUUAAUACUUGCGCAACUCUGGAUAUGGCUACUGAACAUUCUCAGAAGUGUUGUGAAGAACUUGUGUCCGCGGGAGCAAUCGACACCUUGCUGAAGCUUAUUCGUUCAGUCAGCAGAAGCAUACCAGAUCAGGAGGUUCUAAAGCAUGCUCUCUCAACUCUCAGAAACCUUGCCUGCCAUCCACAUCUGGUUGAAGCACUAAUUGAUAGUCAUGGAUCUGUAGAAAUCAUUCUCUGGGAAUUCCUAAGGAGCAAGGACGAAGGAUUUUUCAUUGCUUCUGAGCUUUUGAAGAAGAUAUGUUCAACUCACAAAGGUGUUGAAGCCAUUCGCAAGUUACCAACCCAUUUAAAAAGGCUUCAGAGUCUUGUUGAGGAACUUACAAGAAAAGCAAGCCACGAGAAGAGGAAUACACGAGUUCCGGCUGCAAGAGAAAACGUAGAGAGAAGAUUAAGAGAGGCUAUCCAAGUAGUAAAAGUGGCAGCAAAUGGUCGAGUUUAGCAAAUGAUGCUUGCAGUGCAAAGAGACAUAUCUUAUGUUAGGAAUGUA